UUUUCUGGUGGUGCUUAUUAUAUCAUUGAUAUUGUCCUAUUUGGUGUAUUUUCUUCAUUGCUAGUAGUACUUCCAACAUUGUUAGCAUUGUCCAGUUUUUUUAUUACAGAUGGUAUUUCAUCGCCCAAUUUGAACUACCUUUUUAUCGCUACUUAUGUUAAAGCUUAUAUUAGUUAA